AGUAAUCCAGGCCCACAACUAAACCCUACAAAUAUCUAUCCAUCUGCUUCCUCUCUGCUGCCUAAAGCCCUAAUCAAAUCCCUCAUAUUUCUCUCUGCCACUUCAACGUUUAUCUCAGUGGCUACCUUUUCAAUUGGUGUGAAGGCUAGAUUUAUUGCGAGUGAAGAAAAUGGUGAGGCCUUAUGGUAAAGGGCACAAGAGAAAGAAGAAAGGGGAGAGGUAUGAUAAAGAAGAAGAUGAAGUGGAAGAUAAACAAGUUGAAGAAGAGAACACUGAUGAUGAGACUGAAAUAAGCGCACAAGAUGCUGAAGAAAAAACAGAAGAGGAAAGAGAAGAACUACCAGAAUUGGAGGGCAUUCCUGUUGGCCCAAGUACUCAAACUGCCAAAAAACCUGGGGUCAUAUUUGUGCUGGAAAAGGCAUCUUUGGAAGUUGCAAAAGUUGGAAAGAAUUACCAAAUUUUGAAUUCUGAGGAGCACGCCAAUUUCCUGAGGAGGAAUAAUAAAAAUCCUGCUGAUUACAGGCCUGACAUCAUUUAUCAGGCUCUCCUAUCCAUCUUAGAUAGCCCAUUGAAUAAGGCUGGCUGUUUGCGAGCUGUAUAUGUGAAAACAGAUAAAGGUGUUCUUUUUGAAGUUAAGCCAUAUGUUCGUAUUCCAAGGACUUAUAAGCGUUUUGCUGGUAUUAUGUUGCAGCUGCUUCAAAAGCUUAGUAUUGCUGCUGUUGGUAAGCGUGAGAAGCUUUUGCGCGUGAUCAAGAAUCCUGUAACCCAGCACCUACCUUUAAACUCUCGUAAAAUAGGCUUCUCCCAUAGCUCAGACAAAUUGGUCGAAAUGGAGAAGUAUGUAGCCGGAGUUGGUGGUGACACUGACCUUGUUUUCGUGGUUGGUGCUAUGUCCCAUGGUAAAAUUGAAUGUGAUUAUAUAGAUGAUUUUAUAUCAGUUUCAGAAUAUCCGCUGAGUGCUGCCUGGUGUAUUGCAAGGAUAUGUGAGGCUGUGUCAAAGAAGUGGCGUGUACUGUAAACUUUCAUGUUUCUGGAUUUCGUCAACGAUAUCAUUGUAUGGUAGUUUAUAACCAGUCUUGAAGACUGAAGUACAUGUAAACCAAACCGCAGUCCAAAAACAAUUUGAUUGGCAAUUUUCAUUUCUUUAAA